GAAAAAAGUGAACAUGGUGAUUAGAUGUUUUGUCAGAAAAAUCUUAAAUCAUCGCGUUAAAAUUGUUAUAAAUUAAGUAAUUAUACUGUAGAUAUAGUUAGUUAGUGUUUGAACAUUAAUUUAGUAGUUAAGUUAAAAGUUAAAACGGGAUAAUACGUUAGUAGUGAAUAAGAAAUACUAAGGACUUUUCUAUUCAGGAGCUAUGAGCUUAAGCCCAGAUGUACCUCAGGUACGGCUCUUGAAUAUUCAAGUCUAUAUUCACGGAUCCUGGCCGGAUAGCCCUGGCAGCUAAGGCCAUUCAAAUGAAGAGAAGAAGAAGAAGAAGUUUUUGAAUUAUUUCUGGGGAAAAGUCCAACAAUUGGAAAUUAACAAGGAAUUGCAAAAUGGGAAAUACAAUGAUAGGAUGGGUAUAUCAGAAAGGACAUAUGCAUUACAAAUUUACUAUAACGCAAAACAUUUACAAUAUAAUUACUCAUCGGAACAAUUAGUCGAACUGAUUGCAAGACAUUUCGAGGAAACGCUGGAAGACCAUAUCACAUUGCAAAACUACAAAGACAUAGAUAGUUUAUGCCAAUUCCUACAAAUAAGAGAAUCACGUUUAAGAGAAAGAAAAUCAAGAAGGUCGCGAGAAGAUUACAGGCUCCGAGAAACACAGGAUUACAGAGAUAGAAAUCAAAAUAGGAGGGACUAUACAAGACGAGAAUUUAAUCCCAGAAGGGAAAACGAAAAUAGAGACAACGGAAGAGGAAAUUAUGAACAAAGAAAUAGGCAAUGGAAUGAGGACAGAAAUCGAGAAUACCAGAAUAGAAACACCACACUCGCAAAUCAAGAAAACAGAAAUAAUGGUAGACAAAAUGAACAGGGAUAUCGAGAAAACCGAAACAGAUCCGACAGACCAAGAGAAAAUAGAAGAGAAGUAAAUAAUACCCAGACAGAUGAAUAUGACGGAGAGAGACAUUAUGACGAAAAUAUAAACUACGAUGAGCAACCGGCGUUUUUUCACGACGGCGCUCACUAAAAACCAAAAAUCAAA